CCACUGGAUUUGUCUGGUGUUCGUUAAAGUGCAUUCUGUAAUACGGAACAGUAUACUGGUAUACAAUUUACAACUUCGAGUCGUAUCAUCGUCGACUAAUGUCACCAGAGGAAACAAUCGAUACCCAAUCAUUUACCCAAGAUUGUUGUAACAACCAGUGCUACAGAAUAUGUGACCGAGUACAGCCUACAGAGAAAUAGACUCUGUGUGUCUUGACAAAUAUCGGCUGAUGGACAACAUAAUUAAGAGAUUUCAUAUAAGGACUUAAAAUUUUCAUGCGAUAACUGUGUAUCACUUAGGAAUAACAGCAUGGAAUUAAGGGUUAUAAAACAAGUUAUAUCUGUUCUAUCACUAUGUGUGAUAGUUGUGACAGGCCGCCAUACUGCAGAUCCUACGAUAUCUCAGGCAACCGUGACUGACACUAGUGGAAACUCAGCAGAUGAAUACAGCAACAUCACAUGGAUAUCCUCAUCCUCCAAUGUCAACUAUAAAGCAGAUGACUUGGCCUAUUCGGAUGGUGGAAUGGCCACUCUGAAUAACAUGGCCAAGGGAUUUGUGAAUUUGUGUUUUCCAGGAGGAUUUCCCUGGGUGGCUGUUGACAAGUUAAUGAAUGGUACACUCAUAGAUGAUGCUACAUCCAACUGGCAAUCUUAUGCGUCACAGUUUGCUGGUUAUGUUGUGUGUAUAGUGAUAGGAUUGCUGUUUGUCUUCCUGUUCCCUCUCAUUGGAUGUUGCUUCUGCUGCUGUCGGUGCUGUGGCUGUUGUGGUGGCAAAAUGAUGCAGAAGCGCAAAGACGCAGAUUCAUCAUGUCGACGGAAAGUUUACGUUGUGUCCCUCUUCAUCGUCAUUGUUUUCAUGGCGUCUGGGAUGGUUUGUGUAUUUAUUUCCAAUGACCAGUUUACAAAGACAGUGGAUACUCUAGACACAAGUGUUGCCAACACUGUUGAUGACCUGUUUACAUUUAUAAAUGCCACAAUUGAUCAAAUAGAGCUUCUAGUGAAAGACAAUUUCAACUUUACAACAGAUGUCGUCAAACGGGAUUUAGACAGUGUAGGCUUCCUGUUAGGAGUACCACUGAGAAACUCCAUAGGGGUGAACUCUGGUUUAGAUGCCUGUUUUCAAACCACCUAUGCACUUGUGGAAUUGGCUAACAAUGCUACAACAGACCUGUUUAAAGUAAAUGCAUCACUGGCCAACGUUAAAUCAGCCUACAGUGAUUUGAGCACAGCUUUGUCAAAUUUUAAAGCAAGCCUUGACACUACUUUGUCAAACUGUGAUGCAUCUUUCAAGUCUGCCUGUGAUGCUAUUGAUACAACACCUCUUGCAACCGAAAUGAAUGCAAAUUCUUUGCCAGACAUUUCCACACAAGUCGCAAAUGCAAAAUCUAUGCAGGAUUCCAACUUGACUGCUAAAACCCUAGAAGCUGAAGAGGAUUUCUGGCAAAUUCCAUGGAAAGUUCACAAUGAAACCAACAACACCAUUGCUUCAAUAAAAGACAAGAUUGAUGAGUUUAAUGACUUGGUAAAUCCUCUGGUUGAUUCCUUAUCUUCCGUUAGAUCCUCUGUUUUGUCAUCUCUUGAUACUGAUUCUUUGCUGAAGGAUUUCUCAUCUCAAAUGACAACAGCCAAAACAUUUAACCAGUACAGGUGGUAUGGAGGUAUUGGUCUGGCCUGCAUUGUUCUCCUUAUUGUCGUCCUACAACUGCUGGGCCUUGUCUUUGCUUUGAUUGGCUAUGAUUCCAAGAUUGAUCCAACACAACGAGGAUGCAUGUCCAACUCUGGAGGAGAAAUGUUCAUGGCGUCUGUUGGAUUUGUCUUCAUCUUUUCGUCACUUCUGAUGCUGUUGACCACCCUGACUUACCUUAUUGGAGCCCCAUUGGAGAGGUUUGUCUGUCAGCCACUCACAGACUCAGAUAUGGCAGACCUAGACAGGCUGGUUGAUGAGGUUGCCUACAAACAGAUGUAUGGUGGAACUGGAUCUAUACUGGGAAAGAUGCUCUACAGUAAUUCUACCUAUGAUAUACCUGUCUCUGGAUUUCUCAAGGAUUGUCAAGCUAGUAAGACUGUGUACAGUGCAUUAAAAGCCGACACUUAUGUCAACACAUCUCAGAUAGAUAACUAUAGAACGGAAUUUGACAUCCAGUCGGAACUUAAUAAGAUUGAUGAAUCAGUUGACUUUACAAGUAUUUCAAUACUGACUCCGUCGCUGCUGUCUGACCUGCAGGACACACAAUCAGCUGUGGAUGUUGAUUUUGCUUCCUAUGGAACAGAGCUCAACAAAGAUCUUACAUCAACUAAUUUGACAACAUUUGCCGACAGCUUGAGAACGUUGGCAACUACAGCUGGAGCUAACGGAGACACCACAUCACAAAACAACUUGAACAACCAUGCUGACACACUGGAUCAAAUACAGAGCACAGAAGUAGCAGCUUUAAAUGAGGCUGUGGCCAAUCUUACUACUGACUUGAACAACAUGGAAGCAACUGUCAAUGGCACAUCAGAUUCUGUAGACGCAGUAAUUGAUUGCCUCAACAAGACCGAGCUGUAUAUACAAGCCAACACUUCAGGUCUCCUUACCUCGCUUGCAAACGAUUUUGCAAACAGGAUAUUUGCCACAAUUGAUUCCUUUAUCAGCAAACUCUUCACUGCACUGAGGACCGAGUUGGGUAAAUGUGACCCGAUCUGGAAUCUGUAUAACAACUUGUUUGUUAUCACCCUGUGUGGAUACACUGUGGACACCUUGAAUGGCUUUUGGUUCGGCUUGGGAUGGUGCAUAUUUUUCUUCAUACCUAGUAUCAUCUUUUCUGUCAAACUUGCCAAACACUUUCGCCAAAUGAAGCAAGAGGAACCUAUAGAUGAACCUCAUCCACAUGGGGAUACCCUGUAUGAAAAACAUCCAAUGACUGAGCAUAAACGAACUGAUUCUAUACAAUCACCAUCCCUAGAGGCAAAUUCAAAUCAAAACCCACAAGCAUCUUCACGACCAGGAUCAGCCAUGGACAAAUCACCCGUCCCCACUGUACUUAGUAACAAAUCCCAAAAGGAAAUAUCUCGUCCAUCCUCUGCAUUAAGUAACACAUCUGUCAAAGACAAAUCGCGCCCUGCUUCUGCAUCAAGUAAAAAGUCAACUGAUUCUAGGCCUGUAUUCAAAGGGUUGGCAUUUGAUAAAGCUAUCAAACCACUUAAAAGAAACAAGGUGGGCCACGCUGACGACCCGGAAAAGAACGUACAGAACUUCCAGGCGUACGCGGCGGUAGAUUGGUAGAUAAUAUACCAUUUCCGAUGUAGCAUGCUCGUAUGUGCACAUCUGCGCAUUGUGUAGACACACAGUGUACGUGUCAUAAGCCAUGAAGUCUAGGAAGAAGCAUCACAUCCGCUGUGUCCGUUUUUCUGAAAUAUAGGUACACAGACCUGUUGCCUUUCUGAUAGAUUUACUCUGGAAUGGUUUAUUUUGUUGUUAUCGAUUUUCAGGAGCUUCCCUGGAAUUAUAAAUGCACGAAUUUGUUGCAGUUGAAUUAAUCGCGUCAGUGUACACCUUGUGAUCUUAUGAAAUGUGAGACUACCCAAAGAGAGAAUUAAAUUGCAAUCUAUAUCUUAAAAUAAAAUAAAUGAAACGACAUGUACUGCACACCCUUCGUAGUACGUCCUCUUCGUUUUACUUGGCACCUUGCUUAUAUCUGAUGAAGUGCUCUUACCUUCUGUUGCUAAUGCAACACCUGUUUUUGAUACUUAAGUAAUCUCUUUUGAAUGAGUAACUAUUACAUAGCUUCAGGUUAUUUGAUAUUAUAUUAUACAAGUUUCACGGUAAUUUAUUAAAGUGUUUGUUGAUGAAAUUGAAAUUAAUAGAAAUGAGAUUAAUUUUUCAUCACAAUAUACAUGACCGUUUUGUCUAAAGCAGCUUGUUAAGCAAAUGUAACAAAUUAUAUAUUUUCUUUAGAGCAGAUUCCCAUUUGUGCGGUAAAACAUUCAUUGAACACUUAUCCUGCCUAUCAUUAGUAGGUUGCAGAUUUGCUGAAGAUAAUCUAAUGAUCUGUGAUAUCAGUUACACCAUUUGAUGUAGGAUGCACAAUGUAGUAUUGUAGCACAAAUUCUUAAGCAAUAGUUUAAGAAUAUCUUUGGAACACUUUUGUUUCGUCAUUUCGUUCAGAGUCUAUAAUUGGAUGAGGUACAUUGGUCAUACCAAGACGCAGAAAGGAAAUGUGAUUAAAAAAAUAAGUAAAAUCAGUUAUCAACACUAUAUUUUAAAUAUCAUUUUUGGGAUAUCAUUUCGGAGGGGAAAAUGGUCAUUCUGAAAUAUUGUGAAUUUGAACCGCUAAAGUGUAUGGAGAAAAUUAGUAAAUUCUUUAUUAUGUAAAUGUAUUUAGUAUAACCUGAAUGUGUAUAUUCAUUAUUGAACCUUUGUGAGCCGAUCGACCAUUCCAGUUACAUUAUGCACUAUUUAGACCUUUUGUGUGAACAUUUGUUGAUUUAAACGAGAGCACCAAAUGCUUGAUUAUGACAAACUAUAUAACCGGACUUUUUUUUUACUUGCCAUCAAGAUUGAAAUAGUAAGACAUGGAUAUGAAAUAUGGUGUAUCUAUGUUGUUAAGACGAUGUUUUCACAAAUAUUUUUAACUGCAUAAUAACAGAUAAUUACAUAAUUUGUAGCACUCCUUGUUAAAAUGUAUCUGAACUGAAUUCUAUAACAGUAUUGAUUCCUAUCUUGAUAAUUAAAUAGACAUUUGCGAUAGAAAUUGAGGAUGCAACAUUUUAAUUUUUUUUCUAGUAUUUAGCUCAUCACUAGCAUUGUAUUGCUACAAAAUGAUGUUAAUUGCUUACAUAGAUAUAAAGUUUUCAGUUUAGUUGCUAAUAUAUAUAAUAUAUUCAAAUUUAUGUUAAAGGAUACAAUGUAUAAAUACGCUUAUUAGAAACUAACGCUGAAACAUUACUACUGUGUCAUUGAGUCAUUGCGUCCAUUUCGGAUGCCUUAGUGAUAGUGGAGGUCAAAGAAUGAAAAUACAAUUUCAUAGUUGUACUCUAAAACAGGACUCAAAAUGUAAAUAUACAUACACAAAUGAUAUGAUAGAUAACAGCGAGAGAGGAAAUGCGUUCUAUAAAUAACAUGAUUGUCGUUGAUAAAUCAUUCUAAAGUAAUAGUUCAUGUAAAACGAUCCAGAAUAAAUUAGAUAUUUUAUAGAUUAUUUACAUGUACAUGCGACAAUACCAGCUGCCAUCUAACGUAAUCA